AUGCGGCAAGUAGACGAAGGGGGCCCGCAAAGACUGCACGACCACGACAGCGGUUCACCACCCUUAUUGGACGACAGUGUAGCGCAGCAGCCUACGAACCCUUCCGUGGCCGAAACUUCGUUCUCAAAUGCGCGGCGCCCGGGGCCCGUUGUCCCCUUGCGACCGCGACGGCAGAAACCACCAGCGUCCAUGCCGUUGCUCAUAGGCAAGGGCAUCGGAACUGCACUGAUUGCCACAUUGCUGCUGCGUGUGUUCUUCCCGUACCCGUCGGAGGUUUUGGAUUUCCUGCAAUUGGAUAUCAUCGACCCGGAGAGCGGCUUUCCCCGGCGUUGGCACAUCAGGAACGUGCAUUUCACCGUUUUGAUGCGUCUGGCGUCUCCGCACGGAAGCACGAUUUCGGGCGGUAGCAUGCUCGGCACAAGGCUUGCUGGUGCGGAAUCUUCGCACCUGCACCUCGAUUUGGAGGAGCGGGAGCUGUUGGGUCUGGCCACUGAAACGGCCAUUUUUGUCGCGAGCGGAGAGGCAAAAGCGCGGAAAGACGACAUCGACAAUCAGCACGAUAACAAAAACGCCAGUACGAAGGAGAUUCUUACUGAUACUGGCCCCAAGCAAAGUGAACUGCAAGGGUCUGCUCCAUCUUCAUCUACGGCUAGCACCUCCUCGGGAGCGGCUUUGACACCUGCAGCCCUGCAAAAUCUAAAUCGCAGAGCUGUCAUCACCUCCUUUCGAAGAGUAGAGGGAGAGGCGGAGAACGAGGGCAAGGUCGUUCCGAGGAACAACCCGAAGAUGAAUUCUAAGAGCGCCCACGACGUGCACUUUCUCAACGUCUUGGUGCGUGGGUUUCUGAGAGUAGGCGACGACGAGUUUCAAAGGCUCAAGGCCAAGAGGAUGAUUCGAGAGGUUCGAAACCGGGGGACCCGAUACUUUUUCGAUAACUUGUCCACAGAAGACAGGAUUCGAUUCCAAGAUGGUGACGCGGACUUUGGACCUAAAGAUGCAGCUGCACGCAUCGGAUUAGGGGGCAAGCAGGAAGAUGCAGCUUUGAGCGGUGAUAUUAAACCGGUACUCGAAGACGACGAGUUGUAUCCUUCUAAAUUUCAUUCGCUAUCCCUAAAGAAGGCGAGCGUCGAGUCCAGCCUCUUCGUUGUUUUAGAUGCACGCUUUCCAAAGCAGCUGAUGCGAUCGAAUAAUCACACAGACAUACCUGACGAUUACGACUUUCUAAAGCAGCACCGAUACGAAUACUACGGCAGUGCAACAUCCGGCAGUAGGCCUGGAGAUGCAAAUUUAGAUACGUUUGCGUGGUUGGAUCAUGACUUGAAUGAUCUCGUGCACGCUCUACACAAGAAUCCCUGGAAGCAGGAGGAGAAUUAAAGACAGCCAGAACGUGGUGCGGCGCUCACACGAUUCGACAGGAUGCGUUGCGCUCACACGAUUCGACAACUGUCUACGUAGAGCAUGGCGUUUCGAGCGACGUUUUCUU